AUGGAAGUGAGCAACAAAUAUGUAGUGAUUAAAGCUAACUUUGAUGGUGCCCCUGAAAAGGACCAUUUUGAGAUUAAAACAGAAGAGACUUUUCUUCUAUCUGUUGAGGAAGGAUCUGAUGAUAUCAUUGUGAAGAAUCUGUAUACAUCUGUUGACCCUUAUCAGCUUAACCGCAUGAAAACCUUCAGUCCUUCUCAGAAUUCUGUAACCGCCGCAGCUCAAAUUAUUCCCGGCCAGGCUAUUGUUGCUCCUGUUAUUGGUAAAGUUGUUGCUUCUGGGAAUGCUAAGUUUCAGAAAGAUGAUUUGGUUAUGGGAUCAUUCACUUGGGCUGAAUAUAGUGUGGUUAAGGAACAGAGCAUAGUCAAGAAAAUAGAUUCCCCUGAAUUUCCACUCACAUAUUAUCUUGGAGUUCUAGGUUUGAGUGGAUUGACUGCCUAUGCAGGUCUUUUCCAAGUGUGCAAACUCCAAAAAGGUGAAAAGGUAUUUGUUUCAGCAGCCUCUGGAUCCGUUGGAAAUUUGGUAGGGCAAUAUGCAAAGCUAUCUGGUUGCUAUGUUGUUGGCAGUGCUGGUAGCCAUAAGAAGGUUGCAUUACUCAAAGAAACACUAGGAUUUGACGAUGCGUUCAACUACAAGGAAGAAAAAGAUCUAAACUCAACUCUCAAAAGGUACUUUCCUGAUGGAAUUGACAUGUAUUUUGACAAUGUUGGAGGGGAAAUGCUAGAAGCAGCAAUAGCUAACAUGAAAGCAUUUGGUAGAGUGGCUGUUUGUGGUGUAAUCUCUCAGUACACUGAUGCUGGAAAGAGAGCUUCACCAAAUAUGAUGGAUGUUGUGUACAAGAGAAUCACCAUUAGAGGAUUUUUAUGUGCUGACUAUAUGGAUGUUUUUGCAGAUUUUUUGGCUAAAACAUUUGAUUACCUUCGUGAUGGUAAGUUGCAGGUGAUAGAAGAGAUUUCAAUGGGAGUGGAAAGCAUCCCUUCUGGUUUUAUUGAACUUUUCAAUGGAGAUAACGUUGGAAAGAGAAUUAUAAAAUUAGAAGAUGAAUGA